UUCAGGAUGACUGAUUGACAGCCCUGAGGAGUGUUCUUGAUGGAAUUAUUGCCAGAGAGAAUGCUUAACUUCUUUAGACUUCAUUGAUGACUGCAGAUUUUUUUUUGGAAGUCAAGUUAGAAUGCCCCUGGCUUUUAUGGGGUUCAUUUAGUGAUUGAAAAUUAAAUUUUUUCCACAAACCUAACAAUGAACGAUAAUCCUGAAGAUCCUCAAGUGAACGCCCCUUCAUCAGACAUCCUGGACGAUGGAAACGUCCGCUGUGAAUCCCCAAAACGGGGAACUACUCUCUCAACAAGCACAAGCUCCUUCGAGGCCCUAGAUCCCCACGAUCCUAAUCUGAGUCGGCUAGCCAACGCAAUGUUCCAGAAGACUGGCGAGUAUGUCCAGGAGGAAUUGACAGCCACCCAUGCGGACUAUCGUCUCUUGGAGCGAUUGAACAAAGAAGCAAUAGCUAAGUACGCUGAACUGAAGACAAUAUCAUGCAAUGUGACCCAGUCCCUGGACGCAUUGAAUCAUAAAUAUAAAAAAUUGCAGCCAGUUUUGGAGAACAUCAAUCAAAUCGAUGACAGUGUCGCUAAAUUGGAGCAAGCGGCCUACAAAUUGGCUGCCUAUUCCAAAAAGUUAGAAGCCAAAUUUAAGGAUUUAGAAAAAGAAAAUAGGGGUAAAUGAAAAUGAGGAUAAAGGAAUUUAUUUAUUUUUUGUCAUUCCUGAAAAUCGCAGCCAUUGCUAAACCUGAGUUAUGAUAAAAUCAAUUAAUAGAUUCCAUUUGAAUCUAGAAUUUUUUUGCCCCAGACACAAUCUCCCAAAAAAAAACCCCUAUUCUCAGAUAAACCAUCUCGAAGAAAUAAAUCCCAUGGACGACACAAAAAAAAUAGGUAAAAAUGUAGGAUUUAGAGUGCAACUAAAGGCGAAAUAAAAUAUUCGAUUUGGGAAAAAAAUACCCAUAACCGUUCGUUAGAUCCCGUCUCGUUUAGUUUAUGUUUAUAGGUAUUACAUAAUUGUGUAAAUACGUGUAUUAAUAAUGUAUUAUUUCAAUGGCGCGUUCUGAUUGAAUUUAAAGAUUUAUAUAAAUUAUUGUGUAUCAAUCAAAUUUUUUUGUAAAUAAAAUUAUGGAAUACUGUA